GGUUUUUCAAAAUCAUUCCGAGCUUUUCAAAGUUUUUUUCAUACGGCUUUUUUUUCGCGAGCUUUCGAAGUAAUUUUACGAAUGUUAAAUGGCCGGAGUCUUAUUCGAAGACAUAUUCAACGUUAAAGACAUCGAUCCCGAUGGAAAACAGUUCGAUCGUGUCAGCAGAUUACACUGCGAAUCGGAGUCGUUCAAGAUGGAUUUAGUGUUGGAUGUGAACACGUGGAUGUACCCGAUGGAAUUGGGUGAUAAAUUUCGUCUGGUAUUGGCCCUCACAUUGAGAGAAGAUGGAUACCCAGACACCGGAGAAUAUAAUCCGAUUGAAUUGGAACAACCUUCGAGAGCAGAUAGUUUCGAAUAUAUCAUGUAUGGAAAAAUAUACAGAAUCGAAGGAAACGAGAAUGCACGUGAACCGAACAAAAACAAACUAUCGGCUUACGUUUCGUUCGGAGGAUUACUUAUGAAAUUGCAAGGAGACCCGAAUAAUUUACACGGAUUCGAAGCUGAUCAACAGAUAUACCUUUUGAUGAAGAAAUUAGCCUUUUAGAAACGACCGUGUUGCGUAUUUUUCGUUCGGUUUCUUCUUUUUAUUGUACUUAUGGAUGAUUGUGUUUAUUUCUGAUACUUGUUCUAAUUGUAAAUAAAUUUUGUAUUUUUUUUAGUAUAUAAA